UAAAGAAAUGUCUGAAGGAGAGAUGGGAAACUUACCAAGAUGAAAUGACAAAUAAACCUUCCCUCUAUCUUCAAACACACCUUCCCUACUUCUCUUAAACAGCUUAUCAAGAAAGUCCGUCAGGACCGACAAUUUACACUCUUUGCCAGGUUAUAUAGUCAGAGAAUGGCAGAGAAGGUGCUGGUCACAGGUGGAGGAGGCUACAUUGGGAGUCACUGUGUGGUGGAGCUCAUUGACGCAGGUUACCUGCCGGUCGUGGUAGAUAACUUCAGUAAUGCUGUAAGAGGAGAAGGGGACGUGCCAGAGAGCAUACGUAGGAUAGAGAAGCUCCUGGAAACCAGCAUUGAGUUUCAUGAACUAGAUCUUUUGGACAAACCUGGCUUGGAAAAACUCUUCAAAAAGCAUUCCUUCAGUGCGGUGAUGCACUUUGCUGGUCUGAAGGCUGUCGGCGAAUCAGUGGAGCAGCCGUUACGCUACUACAGAGUCAACCUCACCGCCUCCAUGAACCUGCUAGAGGUGAUGCAGGCUCACAGGGUGCACAAUCUGGUCUUCAGCAGCUCAGCCACGGUGUACGGAGACCCGCAGUACCUUCCCAUCGAUGAGCAGCACCCCGCGGGGGGCUGCACCAACCCCUACGGCCAGACCAAGUACUUCAUUGAGGAAAUGAUCAAGGACCACUGUAAAGCUGAGAAGGACUGGAAUGCCGUGCUCCUGCGUUAUUUCAACCCAAUCGGAGCUCAUUCGUCUGGCCUGAUAGGCGAGGACCCUCAGGGUAUCCCCAACAACCUGCUGCCAUAUGUUGCCCAGGUUGCUGUUGGAAGAAGAAAGUGCCUCAGUGUGUUUGGGAAAGACUAUGACACAAUUGAUGGGACAGGUGUGCGAGAUUAUAUCCACGUUGUAGAUCUGGCAAAAGGACACAUAGCAGCUCUGAAGAAGCUGAAGGAGAGCUGCGGCUGCAAGGUUUACAACCUGGGAACGGGAACAGGCUACUCUGUGCUCCAGAUGGUGAAAGCCAUGGAAAAGGCAUCAGGGAAAGAGAUACCACACAAAAUCGCCCCACGUAGGGCAGGAGAUAUAGCUUCUUGCUAUGCGGAUCCUCGUCUAGCCGAGAAGGAGUUGGGCUGGAAAGCAGAAUUUGACCAGGAACGAAUGUGUCAGGAUCUGUGGCGCUGGCAAUCCAUGAACCCCACUGGAUUUUCCAAUGGCAUGGCCUCUUGAUGCAACACCAGCCGAUUGGUGUCAUUAAAUCCUCUUCUUAAUCACCAGGCCAAAGCAAACCAUCAACUUCCUCAUUUUUACAUAGCAUAUAAACUGACGACAGAGCUGAAUGCUUUAUGUUUAUUCAUGUUUAAUUUUCUAUUUGCUCUAUAUUAAUGGUUGUCUGAUUUAUUGUUUACAUCAGAAGAAACAUGUAUUUUUGAUUUCUCUGUGUUGUCAUUUCAAAUUAACAAAGGGUGUGUUCUCAAUUAUUAUGCUGAUCUGUGAGCCAUAACAAUGAAAAAAUAAAUUAAUUUUCUUACUAAGGAAA